AUGUCCGGAUACAACCAGAAUAGGUCUCCCUUCUGUGGUCGUCGAAAAGAGUUCUUAUCCACUCGAGCUACACCGUCUUCGUUCACGAACCCCCGGGGCUCCACUCCAGUUCGAGAAAUUACAGAGGGCCUUCUUGAGACCGUCGUGACCAGUCUGCACGUCCCUUCGGAUUCCACAUCCAAAGCGAUCGAUGCAGAUAUCAAACAUGUGAAAUGCAUCGGGUCUUACAGUUGGCUUCAAGAAAACUGUUCAAUCAUCGUUCCCGGUUCGCCUCCCGAAUGGUCAAACAAACCAACGCCAUACACUCUCCCACCUGACACCGCGGAGCGUUUCAUCGACCAAAAUGGCCAUAGGAUGCCAUCUGCCCCGCUGUUGCCUCUAUUAGCAGCCGUUGAUUCGUUCCAAGCAACAGAGGUCGGUAACCUCUUCGAUUGGUCCGCCGUGGACAUCGUAACAGACCGAAAUGGGCUCAGAAAACUCGUCCGCUGGAUCAAAGACGGGCCAAACGCUCGAGAUUUCCGAAUCGACCUUCAACUCGCUGGAAAGGACACGGUCUUGUUCAGCCGAUGGGAACAGGUGACGAAAGAACUACCGAGAUUUGCGAAUACGUUUGGAAUAAACUUUGAGAAAGCUACAACGAAGGAUGCGAGAGGUUGUGAAGGAGCUAAUGGACAUCAUAGGAUCGUGCAAUAUGAUUUUGGUGGCUUGAAGAUGGUCGUUCGGUUCGAGGUAGAUGCCUGUGUUUCUAGUGGAGUCGCGAAGCCCAAAAGUACGACGUCCAUGUCUAAGAGUCGUGCGGCUGCCACCGUUUCCAUCGACGAUAUUGCCUCCGCCUUGAGCAAGGCCUCGAUCACGGCUGUCACUGAUGAGGAAUCUCAAGUUGUUUCGGAUGGGAAAACAGCUCUGAAGAUCUACAACGCUGGUACCCUGAUCUCUCAGCAGUCUAUCGUCGAACUCGCCACUAUUUCCCGGAGAAGGUUCCUAGAAGGAGGAUAUGAUUGGAAAGAAGUCGCACUUCAGAUGCUCAUCUCCCAAACCCCUCAUCUGUACCUCGGAAUUCACGAUAGAGGUAACUUCCAGGAAGUGAAGCAACAGUCAUUCAAUUCAUCGGCAGAGUUGCAACGGGCGGAGGCAAUGGUCAAACCGGCUUUGAAGAAGUUGAGGAAGGUUCUGGAGGAUAUCAAGCAGUUGGUGGUCAAACAUGGGGAAGACGGAAGGUUAAGUUUGGUUUGUAGGAAUGGAGAGCUGAAGGUGUAUCAGAGAAAGGGCUCCGAAUCCUGCCUUCCCUCUGACUUUUUAGACGAAUUUCUUUGA